AUGAAAUUUGAACGUUGUGUAGAAGAUACUACUGAAAUAGCAACUGCAGCGUUAGCGGUAUCUGAAAUACUACUUGAUGAGCUUACAGAAGGUUAGCAAGUACCUUUAGAAAAUGAUGUUGUGCCAGCAGCUGAGCUUAUCCAACUAUUCAGUACGACUAUUGCUUGUUUGUUGCCCUUUGCUUAUUAAAUGGAUGAAGAAAAUAAUAUAAUUUCUUCAUAUAAUACGUUCGAAUUUUAUCCUUAAAAUAUAUUUUAUGAAGUUUUUUCAAUAACUUAAAUAUUAGGAAAAUUAGUUUUAUCUAUUGCUAAAAUAGAAACAUUAAGUUCUAAAAUACCAAUAUUAUCUAAACUUGAAAUUUAACAUGAUGUUUUUGAUUUAUUCGAUACCGAUAAUUGA